AUUUUGUGCGUGCUGUAUUCGCAAUCGCAAAAGAAGCCGGUUGUUAGUUUUUGGUCUGGCAUAAAUCCGUGUGUAGUGAAUCAUAUUUUACAUUCCAUUUAUCAUAACCUGCCCCACGGCCCGCAAUGGAACCAGACAAACUUCGAAAUGUUGAGCUGAAAGCAAAAAUACACGGCGAGGAUGCGUUUGCUCAUCGUGUAGCCAUUGCUAAGAAGCUUACCGGCACCGAUGGUACAGUAAUUACACAAAACGAUGUAUUUUUCAACGCAACUACAGGACGUCUAAAGCUUCGCUACUUGAAGGACAAAAAAUCGGAACUAAUAAGUUACGAUCGUCCGGAUGUAGCGGGACCGAAACUAUCGCUCUACUCCAAAAUGGACAUCGAUGAGCCGGAAUGUCUCGAACAAAUACUAUCCGAAACAGUUGGCGUACGAGGCAAACUGGACAAGAAGCGUUUGUUGUUUCUUCACCGCCAAACCCGAAUCCAUCUGGAUGUCGUCGCAUCCCUGGGCCACUUUCUGGAGUUCGAAGUCGUGCUCAGACCCGAACAAACCAUCGAAGAAGGACAAGCGGUGGUGGACGAAAUGAAGCGUUUGUUCGAAAUUUCGGAUGAAGAUCUAAUGACGGGAGCUUAUAUUGAUGAGUUGCUCAAAUAAAUGUAAGCUACCGUCCACAGUGAA